GGCAAAACUAUCCAAACUUAGAUUUUAAGUGGGGAGCUGGGUUAAGGUAGGGGAUAUGUAAGGCAUCUUGGAUUAGUUUGGUUAGGGGUUAUGGUUAAGUGAGGUAGUUUUAAACUAAGGGCAGUAAACCAAUAUUGAUGUUAAAAGCAUGAGAGGGAUGUAUGAAGGGGCUGUGUGAAUUUUUAUUCCAGUUAUUAAGCAUGGUUAAUUUGAUGGUUUGGUGCUGAAAAUGUAGGAUGUGAAUCCAUGGUUUGCCUUUAUAAAGAUAAAUUUGGGUGUGUGUGGACUCAUAUGAGUCAGCAGUGUUUAUACCAACUCAGUCCAAGCACGACUGUGUGAUCACGCACGUGGACAUAGACACCCACACAUUUUUCUUCUUAAAUCAGGCUAUCAAGAUUCUCCCAACUCUCUGCAGGGUUAAGAGCCUCACACCUCUGACCUGCCUGAUGUGUGGACUGGGCAGUCUUAUGGGAGUAGGAAGUUGAAACAAUGCCACAGAAGCAGAUUUUUCAGUUCCACUUAGUUCUGAAUGUGUGUUUAUGAGCAGAUCUUAAACAAAGAACCCUGCUGGCUGGCUGGCUGGCUGGCUGAGGGGACUGGGUUGGGUCUGCUCGAUAGUCCAGGCUGCGAUUUUCAGGCACCGAGCCAAGAAUGGAAGCAGCAGCAGAAGUAGGCUCAGUGAGGAAAUGUUUUAGGAUCUUUGCUGUAGAGAUUUUUUCAUUAAAGUUUGUGCAGAUCUUAAAGUGCAGAAGUCGAAGGAACAAUGAUCCAAAGCAUCUCUAGGGGUGUUUGUAUCAUUUAAGUUAAUUUGGACAGCCUGCUUGAUCUCUCAUCGUAACAGUUGCAGUGAUAUAGAUUUGGAUAUAGGCGCUGUGGGCACUUGUCCGAGGUUUUCCAGUGAAACGUCAGACGGACUUCGGUGUUUGAUCAGCGGUUAUUUCAGAGCCAGUGAUCCUCCCGGCGUCCUGACGUCAGUUUAUAAGGACCCAGCAGUGCCGGAGAGGCAGGCAGACAGCAGGGCUGAGGAACCAGAGAACAGGCAGGAGGAAAAGAGAAAAAUCUGGACCAUGUUGAUCUAGAUCGUCGAUAAUUACACAUUAUUCUGUGAUACACCACAGCCUGAGCUAAAGAGGGGUUCUCCAAGUCCUAAGAGUACAGGUAUGGGGAAGGACUACUACAAGACCUUGGGAAUCCCCAAGGGCUCCAACGAAGAGGAGAUCAAGAAGGCAUACCGGCGCAUGGCACUCCGCUUCCACCCUGACAAGAACAAGGAUGCCAAUGCAGAGGAAAAGUUCAAGGAAAUUGCAGAGGCCUAUGAGGUACUGAGCGACCCCAAGAAGAGAGUCAUCUAUGAUCAGCUGGGAGAGGAAGGUUUGAAGACAGGAGGCAGCAGCUCCUCAGGUGCUCCUGGCAGCUCAACAUACCACUACACUUUCCAUGGAGACCCCCAUGCCACCUUUGCCUCCUUCUUUGGUGGCUCCAACCCCUUUGACAUGUUUUUUGGCUCCAACCGCAGUCACAGCCGCUCCAACGGUUUCUCCUUCCACAACGACCACAGCAACGACGCAGAGCAGGAUGUGGAAAUGGAUGAGGAUGAUCCCUUUGCUCAUUUCGGCCGGCAGUUCGGCUUUCCAGGAGGGAUGAACAAUGGCUUCCCAGGGGAAAACCGCAGGAGGAGGGGGGCACCGUCAGAGCGGUUGGGGAACAGCCGAAAGCAGCAGGACCCUCCGGUGGUCCAUGAGCUUAAGGUCUCACUGGAAGAGAUCUUCCACGGCUGCACCAAGCGAAUGAAAAUUACCCGCCGGAGGCUGAACCCAGAUGGACGGAGCAUGAGGACAGAGGACAAGAUCCUCAAUAUUGUCAUCAAGAAGGGCUGGAAAGAAGGCACCAAGAUCACUUUCCCAAAGGAGGGGGACGAGACCCCUGAGAACAUUCCUGCUGACAUAGCCUUUGUCCUUAGAGACAAAGGACAUGCCCACUUCAAGAGGGACGGUUCCAAUAUCAUUUAUAACUGCAAGAUCAGUCUAAAAGAGGCAUUGUGUGGCUGCACUGUUAGUAUUCCCACGCUGGAAAAUCGAGUCAUCUCGCUCCCCUGUCAUGACAUCAUCAAGCCAGGGACAGUGAAGCGACUCAGAGGGGAGGGCCUCCCUUUUCCAAAGAACCCAUCACAGCGCGGUGACCUCAUCGUGGAGUUUUCAGUACGUUUUCCAGAUAGGAUCCCCCCUCAGUCCCGAGAGAUUAUCAGGCAGCACCUCCCACAAUCAUAGAAAGACACGCGUCAAAUCCCCCCCAACCCCUGAAAGAAAAAUACUUUUGACGCUCCCUCAUCUACUUCUAUGUAUGUCCAGCAUAUGUCCUGUAUUAGUAAACACAGUGUUUUAAAGACGCUGGGGUUUGUAGGGACUGCACAAUGUGGGAAUGAAGAACAUGCACAAACAUACACAUGAAUCCGUGCAGUGGAGCGGUCCGAGGAUGCACUCAGCACAAUAUGUGGCUUUUACCAGACCUUCUUUUCUUAACUGUUUUUUAUAGAUUUAUCAAUGAUUUUAUAAGCUCUCCUCUCUGAUCCUUGUCUUUUUGUGAUAGAAUGGAACGUGAAGUAUUUUUAAAAAUAAACCUUUUUUUUUUUCCAGAAUUUUCUUUUGCAAAUAUUUAAAAAAAAUAAAUUUAUUUUUACCUUCAGUGUACCAGCAGCCUCAGUGUGUCCAGUGAAAACUCUAGUUUUAACACAGCUCCUACUGUACCUGUUUUAAUCAUGCUUUCAGUCUGAAGAAGCAUUGUGCUGCAAGCUUUUUAAUAUGAUCCAUCUCCCCCUAAAUAAGUAGACUUUUGUAAUGCCACAAUUUACUUCAAGUCCAGCAUUACAUUACAAUCAGUAUUAGCAUAUCUCAGCUGCAUUGGAAAAUCUGGAGAUGACAAUCACAUACUGUAACAGCAGUGUAAGCUUGGAUAUUGCAGUCUGCAUGUAAUAUGGGUGCUUUCCCUUCUGAGCUGCUCUUAUUCUGGCUCAUUAUUUGAGGAACUUUAAGGUGCCUUAGCCCAGUGUCACACCACAUAUGUGAACGCACACAGGUCACACUGUAAUAUAUAUAAACAGCCAUUGUGAGUGCACAAAAGCAGAUGCCCUAUGCUGUGUUAGAUAUUACCAGCUGGUAAUUUCAGGAAAAAAAACACAAAUAAGCAAUUUAAAGUGUUUUGUUCUAUGUAAGUGAGAAUGUUUUAAGGGAGAAUUUUCAAGUAAGACUGAAGAUUUUUUUUUGUCUGUGUAUCCGUGUAAAGUGCCAUAAAAUUCAGGUUGGAUUUCCCAUAAGAAUGUAAGCAUGACUUUAUUCUCUGAAAUAAGCAGAAAAGGUUCCUCUGACAAGCCCAGCUUUGUUGUGUAUAUUCUGCUUUCUCUUUUGGCAUUUAAAGGCCAUGUCUCGGUGCUAAUGUGAGCAGUGCCAAAAAUAAACUCCACUGGUGUCUGCUUUAGAUUUCAUGAAUUCUUUGUGAUUUGAUAACUGCUUUGGCUUCUUUAAUUCUAAGUACUUUGAACUCUACAUGUGUACAGCUAAUAGAAACCUCUGUUUAGGAAACAGGUUCUGCAGCAGCUGCAGCAGCUGUUCUCUGUCUCAGUUACAGGGGGCUCUGAAACUUCCUCAGUUCUUCCUCUUGUGGUUACAAAAAUGAUAAGAUUUAUGUAUGAGCAUCAGUUAUGCAGACAGUCCUUGUAGGUUAUAUAUAAGGUUUGUAUGUAGAAAUAUUUGAAUACGUCAUGAGUGAUAAAUGCACUUUUUUGUUGUAAGAUAUACUGACAAAAAACAACAAAACAAACAGACAAAAAAACACUAUGACAUGAUGGAAGAGACUUGAAGAAGUUACCUGAGUGUGUGAUGGUCCGUCCUGCCUCUCAAAGCCUCAGAGGACACUGAAGUGUGGCUACAAGCAGCGAGUACAUGCGCUACUGCUGCUGAAAGACACUCUGUAACUGCUUAUCUGCAUUUGACAGUAUUUAUUAACUUUUCAACAAGAAAUAAAAAAAAACAAAUGUGUGAAGUUGAA